AUUGUUGAAGGAAAUAGUUAUGAAUAAAUAGGCAACAAAACUGCAUAUCCACUUUCUUUGUUGAGGUUUCUGUUCCUCCUUGAUUCACCUGGCACUGUUUUCCUUCUUUUGAAGAUAAAGGUUAGUACUAUGAUUUUCUGUGCUUUCACUGUUUAUAGAGAUUAAUCUCAGUGCACUUAGAGAAGAAAUCUUGGCAUAUAGUUCACAAUAAAUAUUGAAGGGACAAAGAAGGAGCUUUCUUGGUGUUUUUGAUGCUGAUUGGAGCCAUAUAUCAUAGAAAAGAGGCUUAAGGGAAAAGUGUGGGAAAAAGUGGUUAAAAUCUAGAAGCUUAUAGAGUACUAGAAGCUUAUAAGCCUAUUGCUAAAAGGCAAAGUAAUAAACCCAUGGAGGAAAUAUCUUCAAGUGUUGCAGUGCCAUUUACACUUGGAAAUUUGAUUCAAAAGGAAGCUGCAGUUACAACUCACAUGGAGAUAACUGGUCUAAAGCUUAUGGCAAACACCGCAGCGGCUUUGAUAUUAAAUCCUGCUGUGGAGGGUUGUCAAUCAUUUUCUGUUGGAAAUGAAAACCAUACAGAUGUUAGUCUGCAACAUCAAAUCACGGUAUCUGCAGAGGUAAAGGAGAAUCAGGUUGGAUCUUCUGUUGUCUCGGAAAUGGUGAUUGAAUGUGAGAGUAAUUGGAUCUUGAGCGAAAAUCAAGCUAUAAAGGAAGAUGAAAUCAUGUUAGCAGUGGAUUUUCAGUGUCUGCAUAAUUCAGGCUCUCAAUCUGUGGCUGAUGACAAAGGCGGUCCUUGUAGAAUGGAAGCUACGUCGUUUAAGACUAUAUAUUCUGAAAUAGGUUCACCGAUAAUUGUCACUGUUGAUGAUGACAUUAGUGGUAAGUUUAGUAUAAACGAGCCACUUUCAGCACGAAAGCCGGUGCAGAACACAGUUUCUAUUGCAAUAGAUCUUGAGAGUGAAAAUCGAAGACGAUCGGAAGAGGUUGAUCCAAAACUAUCUGCUAUGCUUUUUGAUCAGUUUCCAAAGGAGAACAAAACAUGGAGAACAAACAACCAGAAUGGUUUGGAGUUGAGUAGUGGCCCUCUCUUUGGUUUCUCAUCAAUCUGUGGAAAUAGACAGGAGAUGGAAGAUGCUGUUUCUGUUAUACCUCAACUUUUCCAAGUCCCUUCACAGAUGCUAAUGGAUGACCAUGUGAAUGAAAACACAAAACUAGCACAUUUUUUUGGUGUCUAUGAUGGACAUGGGGGCUUUCAGGUUGCUAGUUACUGCCGGGAACGUCUUCAUUCAGUGUUGAUUGAGGAGAUCAAAACACAACAGUUGAAUAUGGUAACAAAUGAGAGAAACGAUUGGCAGAAGGAUUGGAAGACAGCAUUGUCCAAGUGUUUUCAGAAAGUAGAUGAUGAGGUUGGAGGAAAUGGUGCAGGUAACAGUGAAACAAAAAGUGGUGGCUCUGAGUCUAAUAUUGAACCUCUUGCUCCUGAGACAGCUGGUUCCACUGCAGUGGUUGCCAUUUUAAGUCAAACUCACAUAGUAGUUGCAAAUUGUGGAGAUUCAAGAGCCGUCUUGUAUCGCGGGAAAGAAGCCAUGGCAUUGUCUUCUGAUCACAAACCAAAUCGCGAGGACGAGAGAGCAAGAAUAGAAGCUGCAGGAGGAAGAGUCAUAAGUUGGAAAGGAUACCGAGUUCUCGGUGUCCUGGCCAUGUCAAGGUCCAUAGGUGAUAGAUACUUGAAACCAUGGAUAAUUCCAGAACCAGAAGUUAAUAUUGUGCAAAGAGAGAGAAGCGAUGAGUGCCUUAUUUUAGCAAGUGAUGGUUUGUGGGAUGUAAUGACCAACGAAGAAGCAUGCGAUGUCGCAAGGAAGCGAAUUCUUAUUUGGCACAAGAAGUAUGGAAACAACGGAACAACAGGACAUGACAAAGGAGAAGGAGGAGUUGAUCUUGCAUCUCAGUCGGCCGCAGAGUAUCUAUCAAAACUCGCCCUCCACAGAGGAAGCGGCGAUAACAUCUCUGUAAUUGUGAUAGACCUAAAGGCUCAGAGAAAAUUGAAGAGAAAGACAUAACAUAACCUGUUUUUAGCAUGUUGAAUUGAAAUAUCUUCAUUGAUGCUAUUGAUUUAUGGUUUGUAUUUCAGAAUCAUUAGAACUUUUUAGCCCCUCACUUUUUCACCAGGGCUAAGUAAGUUAUGUAUGCUAUAAAAUUCAAAGUGUACAAGGUUACUGGAUAAGACCUCUCCAUGACUCACAAGUUUUUAUAUAAUAAA